AUGUCCCUCACGAUUCAUAACUUCACCGACGGUGAGACAGUACACCAGCGCUGCGUCAUCCUCAAGGGAACUUACACCCCCAGCGCCAACCUCGGUGACGACUUCGCAACCGUCGAGGCCAACGAUGGCAUCAGCACCACUUUCCCAGUCCAGAAUUGGCCCAUCGCAGACAACCGGAUAAAGAUCAUUGCGCUUCUGUCUCCGGGCCUCAACAAACUGACCAUCACUCGGAAUUCCGGCAACCAGGCCACCGUCCACCAGUUCAAUCUGACAUACAUCCCUCUCCUGCAGUCGCCCCCCCUCCACCUCGCCAUCAUGGUCGCAAAGGACUCCCCCCUCCUUAUCGACUGUCCGGCCUUGAAGCACGGCGCCUCCUCCUCAGCCCACGCCUCCCUCGACGCCGCCAUCGCCAAGCUCCGCAUGUCCGCGUACAUGUGGCAGGCCCUCACCGCCGAGGACAUGCGGACCAAGGGUCUCGGCCGCCGCUCCUUCAGGCUGGAGGAGGAAUGGACUGCCGACACCACCAGCCGCGCGUUCCUCAACGGGCUGCACGAGUCCGCUCUUUUUGACAGCGGGGCCAUGCGUUCGACGGCAAAGGUCCAUGUCAUCCGGUCCGAGAAGACGACGGCUGAGAUCCGCGACGCCGAGGUUGCGCAGCAGAAUGAGGCGGCGCGGUCGAGGGACAAGCUGUUUGAUUACUUUCUGGACGCGCUUUCGGCUCAUGGCUCGCCGUUUGAGGCUUCGGCGCAUCCGGUUGUCGCCGGGAUGAUUCUCGACUCGCACUUUUCUGUGAGCAAGAAGCUUAUCCUCGGCCACGCCGCGUUGGGGUGCCAUAACCCGACUGGGGUCUCCCUCGGGAUGAUGGGUAGUCACCUGGCGUACUCCUGGCCGCGCUUCGUGGAGGAGGUCUCGGACUGUCUUCUCGAUACCCGUACUCCUGGGAACACUGUCGGCAACGACAAUGGCGAGUGCGGCACGUUUUGGGAGGCUUGUUCUAUCGGGCAGGGCGCGUUCUUACACGAGGUCGGACAUGCUUUUGGGGCACCCCAUACAACGGGUAUCAUGGCGCGCGGGUACUCUGGACACUGGCCUCGCAACUUUUUGGUCAAGACGGCGUACCCCCAAAAGAUCAACAAGGAAGGGUUUGUCGUCGUUGAUGGCGAGACGGAGAAUGAUGCCAAGUGGGAUUUGCGGGAUGCCUUGUCCUUCCGGUCUCUUGACCACUUCUGGCUGCCCGGCGAUGCGAGACUGUCGACGGCGCAACGCUCGAGUGCUCCGACUGUCUCUCUCAUAGACGUCGAGACGGAUGACGUGGCCGUUGAGAUUGCCUGCGCUGCCAACCUCGCCCGGAUGGAGUUCAACGGCCAGUCUGAGCUUCUCCCGUCCAUGGCCUACCCGGCCUGGAAAGUCUCAUUCACCCGAAAAGAACUCGAGGCCCGCUUCCCACGCGAGGAGAGCCUGAAGCUCUACGUCCUAGGCAUGAAUGGCAAGACAAAGACGGUGCGGGACCUGUGGCGUCUCUUCUCGGCGACCACGUACGUCCGCGUUCCCGGGUCGGACGUCCUAUUGCGCAAACGCUCCGUCGUGACCAAGGACCUCGAGGAGGCGGAUGACGGCGAAGACCGCGAAUUCUGGUCGUGGGCGACGCUGCUCACUCAGCGCAAGGCCGAUGGGACCAUUGUGCGUUCGACAUCCGUCGACGUCCGGACCGGAUGUAUCCUUGACGGCGCGUAUGUGCAGUUCCCCUCGGGCACGCGUGUCAAUUGCGGCCCGAGGAUCAGCAAAUGGGGUGGUGGUGCCCAUACCUUUGGCGGCCAUGCGUCUGAGGAGGUAAAGAUUCCAAGGGGCGCAGAGAUUGUAAAGGUUGAGGUGUCGAGGGAGGAUGAUACCCUCCGCGGCAUGAGGAUUCACCUGAGUGAUGGCACGUCUGGCGGUGCUUUGACGGGCUAUGGCGAUGUUCCCGAGACUUCGACCCUUGAGGCACAAGCGGACGAGCGUAUUGUCGGCUUCUACGGCCGCAGCUGGUGGGGUAGCAACUUUGACGGCUUGGUCGAGUUUGGCAUCAUUACCGCGCCCAAGGACUUUGAGCUUCCGGAGGCCGUGUACGGGAUGACGGAGCUCCAGAACACGGACGGAGGACGAGAGGCUGAUGUCGAGGACGAAUGUAAAAGUGAGGACGAAGAGAUGGACGAGGAAGAGUAG